CCGGUUUCGUUCUUCAGCCUUUGAAUUGCCGCUCCGCGUUCGAAUUUCGGAUCAGUCCACGCCGAGCGCUGCUGUUGUGAGGACGUGUUUUAAAUGGAUUUUGAUAAGGAAUAUGUUUACGCGAUAUUUAUGUGUUUGUAAACAGUGAUUUUGUAACUGAACAUGAAACAAAUUAGUGAUAAUUUUUAACUGUGCUUAAGUAUACGAUGAUGGCCAGGAUUUUAAGUGUUAUUCUCCUGUGCGGGUGUUUGGCUGCUGCCGACCAGGAGGAGGUGGAAGGUGGGAAGUGCGAGAGGAUCAAGCUCCCGUACUGCCAGGACCUGGGAUACAACUGGACGGCCAUGCCCAAUCUGAUGGGCCACAGAGAUCAAAAGGAAGCUGAAGAAGCGAUGGAGAAGUUCUCCGGACUGAUCUCGAGUGAGUGCUCAGUGCACGCCCGCUUCCUGUUGUGCUCGGCUUUCGCCCCGCUGUGCUCCGAGCAGGUGUCAGGUUCCGUGAGCGCCUGCCGAGCGCUCUGCGACACCGUCUCCGAGGAUUGCAAGGACCAGCUCAAAUUGCUGCCGGCCACGGUGGCGCUCGACUGCGGAGCUUUCCCGCUGCGAGCCGUGCGCCGGCUGUGCAUGCGCCCACCCAACGCCAGCGAGCUGGAGCCGGAGCCGCAGCCGCCGCCGCGCUGGCCCUUCCGCGACCCUGAGUUGCGCGAGCACGGUUGCCCGCCGGCGCACGCGAUGUCGCCCACCGGAGAGUGCUGGCCGGCGUGCGGGCAGCACGCCCGCUACACGCAGCCCGCUAAGCGUACGGCAGAAGUUUGGAUGAAUACGCUCGCUUGGCUAUCGUUACUAUCGACCUCGUUCGCGCUGCUCACUUUCUGUGCCGAGCCCGCACGCUACCGCUACCCCGAGCGGCCGAUGGUGUGGAUGGCUGCAUGCCACGCCGUCGUCGCCACGGCCUACGUAAUCCGAAGCUGGCUGGGCGCGAAGGCAGUUUCAUGCGCGGGGGGCGCGCUAGCCGUCGACGGGCUGGCUUCGCCGGCGUGCGUCGCCUUCUUCUCUCUUACUUACUAUUUCACGCUGGCGGCGGACGCGUGGUUCGCCAACGCGUGCGUGGCGUGGUACCUGACGGCGGCCAGCGAGUGGUCUACUGAGGCGUUGGAGCGUGCGGCGGCGUAUCUGCACGCGGCGGCGUGGGGCUGGGCCGGUGCGUGGACGGCGGCGGCUCUAGCGUUGCGCCGGGUGGCAGCAGAUGAACUGACGGGCACGUGUGGCGUUGCACGAGCGGCGGCAGGCGCACUGGUGGGUGUGCCGCGUGGUGCGCUGCUGCUGGCCGCGGUUGCGCUGGCGGCGGGCGCGUGCCCGGGGAUCGUGCGCGUGCGUCGAGCGCUAGACUCGCGGGGCGCGCGGCGCGUGGGUCGGCUGGCGAUCAAAAUGAUGUGCCAAAAAUAUCACUAA